CUGUUUACCACCAGUAACAUUCAUCCAUCUCUCUUCCAGAUGACCUGACCCCCAACAUCAUGGCAGCCAGACCCUCCAUGGCGCUGGCCCUGGGUCAGCAGCAGGUAGCUGGUUUGGCCCGAGCCGCCACCCUGGAGCAGCUGAGAGAGAAGCUGGAGACCGGAGGAGGGGAGGGUCCGGAGAGGAAGAUGGCCCGCCUGGCUGAGGAGCAGCAGCGUCUGAUGCAGCAGGCCUUCCAACACAACCUGCUGGCUAUGGCCUCCCAAAUGCCCAUGAACCUGCGCCUGGGAGCCCCCGCCAUCACCACCAGAGAGGAGAAGCAGCAGGACAUGUCUCUGAGCAUCUCCACCAACGGGAACGCCAGCAUCACCGUCUCCGUGGAGGUCAAUGGAACAAUCUACUCAGGAACCCUGUUUGCUCAGAAGUCCGGAGGGGCCCCGGGGCCCGCUGUGUCGGCUGCUGCCGCCUCAGCCCCCCCUGCUGGAACCAGCACUAGCUUUGGCUUCUCUGCAGCCCAUGCUCAGAACCUCAGCCCCUCGUCCUCCGCCUCCUCUAAGGGUCCCAGCUCGGCUGAGACGGCCCCCAGCGGGUCCCCCUAACUCAGGCGGGCCCCUUUGUACCUGCUCCUCGGGGGCCUCUCUUCCCACCGGGGGGCCCGGCAUGAAAAAAAUCCAGUACAAUGAGAAACCGAUAAGAAAAACAAACUGUUGCACAACAAAUACCUCAUCAACCCUGUCGACCUCUUGGCUGUCCAAUCAUGAACACAGAGCCCGAGAAUAUUACACGACGACACGUGCCCAAACGCACAGCUAUGCAUUUAUACUCAACACACACACACACACACACACUACACUACACUACAAACACACACAGUGUCACACACACACACACACACACACACACACACACACACACACACACACACACACACACACACACACUUAUUGUAAUCAUUAUGAACAUGCUAAACACAAUCAGCUCAGCCAAAACCCACUGACAGGUGUAGUCACAACUGAACUUGAAAAGUUUUAUCUUAGGACAUUUUGUUUGUUUGUUUGUUGCCAUUUUGUUGUCUUGUUUUUUUUUUUUUUGAUUUUGUGUUUUAGAAUGAUUUUAUUUUUUAGUUUUGUUUUUUUCUCUUUUUACAUACCUCAAAUCAAGUAACCUGCAGUGGUGUCUUUACCUCAGGAGCUGUCGUAUAUUUAACCUGAAUCAACUUUAUUUUUGUAUUCUUUUUUGACCGAGUUGCAAUCAGGGGAAAGUCGGGUAACUCUCACCAGUGGAACCUCAUGUACAGAGCGCCCUCCUCCUCGUACUGAUGCUGUGGAUCAGCACAUCAUAAACAAACAGCUGAUUUCAGAACCACGACCUCAGCUCUGCGUCCUUGGUGGUGAUAGGAGGGUUAACGACCUCCUGACAUGGACGACAUUUCAAACUCUCCAGCGAUGGACGGGAUGAAGUUUAACUUAUUGCUGGUCCGCACACACAUGUAGCGCACAAAGAUGGAGGCGGUGCAGAGACCGAGUGCAGCUCUCAGACCUCAUACUGGCCUCUCUGCUUCAGGGGGGGCGUCGCUCUCUUUCUCAGGAAAACAAUGAGACAGCUGCACAGAAUCACUGUUCACACAAAGGAAGAAUGCACGAGUCCACACGACUGUUGAAGAGUACCUCAUGCGCCUCUCUGAAGGGAGAGCGACACUACAUACCUCAUAACGGCUGCAACGCCAUCCAGACUCCUCGACCGCCCCCGACCCGCGGUGGAACUCCUCCCUGAACUGGAACUGAACAUGAACGUACCGACGCUGCAGCGCUGGCGUUUUUUCUGGGGAUGAACAGAACUCUCUCUCUCUCGCUCUCUCUAUCUCUCUCGCUCUCUCUCUCUCUGUCUCUCUCUCUCUCUCUAUCUCUCUCGCUCUCUCUCUCUCUCUCUCUCUCUCUCUCGCUCUCCUCCCAUAUUUACUUGUAGAACAUGUUUUAUGCUUGCAAUCGUUUUCUUUUUACUUUUUAUUUUUGGUUCCUCCAGUUGUUGUCUGAAAAGAGUGAUUUAUAUAUAUCUGCAUUUUUUUCAGGGACAAGGAAAAAGCGAAGUCUCUUCCUCGCUUGACACGUGUAGAUUUUGUGGGGAUUGUUGACAGGUUUUUUCGAGUCGCAGGAGUCAAAAAAGAGUUAAAACAAACAAACGACCACGUUAACCUCAGGUUCGACUGCAGAUUGCAGCGAACGCGUCUUCGUUCAAUGACAGCGGGCGAAAUGAUUUGCAUGUGUACAAUCAUGUGACCAGUGUUUUUAACACCCACAAUCUGCUGGUUCUUGCACAGCUAGAAACCAAAGACUGGCCAGGUCGCUCCUCUCGAUUGAUCCCUCGUACAAUCCUGCCUGAACGCCGCUGUGCUGCACAGCAACGCAGUCCGUUAAGAGACUGCAAAAAAAAAAAAAAAAAAA